AUGGGGACAUGGCAACGUUUGUUGCUCUGUGGUGGGGUGUCGUUCCUACGUGGUGGCGGGAUUCCUGUCCCGCUUAGGGGAAGCCGAUCAUUGGUGUGUGGGCGCCAGUUAUCUGGCGCUGACAGUGAGAUCCUAAAACAAAGAAGAACACAAAUCAUGUCGUGAGGACUUCCAAAACAGAAACCGAUAGAAGGUGUUAAACAAGUUAUAGUUGUGGCUUCUGGGAAGGGUGGAGUUGGAAAAUCUACUACAGCAGUGAACCUUGCACUUGCACUGGCAGUGAAUGAUUCAUCAAAGGCCAUUGGUUUGUUAGAUGUAGAUGUGUAUGGUCCUUCAAUUCCAAAAAUGAUGAAUCUGAAAGGAAAUCCAGAAUUAUCACAAAACAACCUAAUGAGGCCUCUUUUGAAUUACGGUAUUGCUUGUAUGUCUAUGGGCUUCCUGGUUGAAGAUACUACACCAGUAGUUUGGAGAGGCCUUAUGGUAAUGUCAGGCAUUGAGAAACUUUUGAGGCAGGUAGAUUGGGGUCAACUGGAUUAUUUAGUUGUUGAUAUGCCACCGGGAACAGGAGAUAUGCAGUUAUCUGUUUCACAGAAUAUUCCCAUUUCAGGUGCUGUGAUUGUCUCCACACCCCAGGACAUUGCAUUGAUGGAUGCACACAAGAGUGCUGAGAUGUUUCGAAAAGUUCAUGUGCCGGUUCUUGGUCUUGUCCAAAACAUGAGUGUUUUCCAGUGUCCAAAGUGUAAACACAAAACUCAUAUUUUUGGUGCUGAUGGUGCAAGGAAGUUAGCACAGACCCUUGAUCUACACCCUAGUAUAAGGGAGACUUCAGAUACUGGCCAGCCAGUUGUGUUUUCACAGCCUGACAGUGAUGAGGCCAAAGCUUACCUGAGGAUUGCUACGGAAGUGGUCAGACGAUUGCCACCACCUCCAGAAUGAUUCCCCAUGUCCCCUGGAAAUUGUCCUCAUACUUGAUCAUAGGAGACUUUGAAAAUGAGUGCUGUGGUGAAAGAACCUUCAGAAAUAAUAGCAAUCAUGAUUGUUUUAACUCUAAGGAAACAAUGUCUUGUUUUAGAUUCAAUAGCAAAUAAAGCUGUAAAGAAAUAAAGCUAUGACCCACAAAUAAAAUUUUCAUAUAUCAAUGCUAAUUUCUAUACUUAGGAUUU